AUGACCAAGUCAACAUUGUGUGUAUUCUUUUUUUCCAAAGGCAAGCAGGUGAGUGAAUCGAAGGAGAUGGACAAGGUGAUGUACCAUGACUGGCGUCUGGUGCCCAAACACAAGGAGGAGCAGUUCAAACUCUACAACCCUGUUCCCGAGCCCCCCAUACGCUAUGUGUCGUACCCGCCCCUGCUCCGUGCCAUGCUCCUCGCCCAGCGGCAGGAAGAUGAACUAGGGGCGGCGGCUGAGGAACCAACCUUACCCCUGAAGAGGGAUGUCCUACUAAGCAAAGAGUACUUCAGAAGUCAGGAGAAAGAGAGGGAGAGGCAGGAGGAGACAGCAGUGUGA